UUUUUUGCUGUUACGAUUAAAGAGGCCGGGUCAAGUGUUAUGCACUUGGACUGGAAUGACAAUAGAGCCAUCUACACCUAUAUUUUUGCAGUCGGUGACUGGGAGGGUGGAGAAUUCUGCAUUCUACAGCUUGGAAUCCAAGAUCCCUGUGCAACCAGGUCAGGUAUUAGCUGU